AUGGGCAGUAAUAAUUUCGAAAUUCAAAAAUUAUCAGCUGCUAUUGAAUCGGAUAACGAAACCGAAUUCAGCGAUUGUACAAAUUUAUUAAUUGAAGGUAGACUUAGCACGACUAAUGAAUAUACUGAGGAAAGUACCCACUACAAACGAUUAACUGUCGACGAUAUUGCAGAAUCACUCAAUUGUGGAUUAUUCCAAUUUACUUGCAGUGCUGUCUGCGGUUUAUGCUUUACAGCAGAAGGUUUAAUUAUUCAAUCAUCAAGUAUUAUCGUUAUGUCAGCUUGCGAUUUAAAUAUUAAUGCAGACAAUCGAAUAUGGUUAAGUAUGUCUUUACUCAUUGGUAUUGCUGUCAGUAGUGCGUUUUGGGGCCGAUUAGGAGAUUCCUAUGGUAGAAGGAAAGUGUUAUUACUAGCUUUGUCUAUGAAUGUUGUGUUUACAUUUUCAUCAGCUUUUUCCUUUAGCUAUGAAAUGUUAGUUGUAAUGGCAUUCUUUAACGGCUUAGGAUGUGGAGGCGUACUUCCAGUAACAUUAACUUAUGCAAUUGAAUUUUUCCCUCGAAAGUAUCGAGGUAUGGCAGCGUCAUCAUCCAAUGCCUAUUGGUGUUUUGGUAAUAUUUAUGCCGCUUUAAUGGCACUUUUAAUUAUCACACAAUCGGUUGCAAUCUCUGUUGGUCAGGUUACUUUAACGGGUUGGCGCAUUUUCCUAAUAGUUUGUGCAAUACCCCCUUUGAUAGCAUUGAUUAGCUUAUCGUUAAUGCCAAAUAGUCCUCGAUUUCUGAUUAAACAGGGAAAACGAGAGAAAACAUUAAAAGUUUUACAUGCAAUACAUCGUAUUAAUAGUCAGUGUCGUACUCAACAUGGAAAUCAACCAUUUUGUAUCAAGUUAUCCGAUUUACCAACUAUCGACGAUCUACAUCUAUCAGAUGAUGUUGAUGAUGUUAAUGACGACAAUGAUAUAAGUAAAAAUAUCGACUCUUGCUAUUCUAAAUUACAACGUUUCCUGAGACAAUAUGCAAUACUAUAUUCAAGAAAAUGGCGCAAGCAAACAUUAAUGAUUACUGUUAUUUGGUUUUUAUAUUGUUUUUGUACUAAUGGUCUAUGGCUCUGGCUACCAACAUUUUUUUCACUUUAUACUCAUGGACAAAAAUGUCAAGGUCCUUCCAUUUCAAUUAAUUCAAGUCACAGCAUGAACACACCAGCAUUAAAUCAAUCGUCAAUUUGUAUAGCAAAUACUCAUGAUACAAGCAUUUAUCGUGAUUUAUUGCUGACUACAUUUGCCACUUUAAUUAUCGAAGCUACAUUCAUCCCUGUUAUUAACGUAUCCGGUAGGAGACUAUUAUUUAGCGGAUUAGCUCUGGCAACAAGUAUAAGCAUAUUUAGUAUUUGGCUCACUAAUACAUCAACAGGUGUACUCGUAUUUUCAUGUCUAUUUACUGGGCUAUCUGGCGCCGCAUGGACCAUAUUAAAUGUAUGGACUUCUGAAUUAUAUCCAACACAGCUGCGAUCAACAUCAAAUGGUUAUAUCAAUUUUUGUGGUCGGAUUGGAGCCGUUAUAGGAACGAUGACAUUCGGUUUACUGUUGGGACUUGGUUGCAAGUUACCUAUUAUUAUUAUGGGCACUGCGUGCUUUAUAGCUGCAUCACUUGCAUUAUUUCUAUCGGAUACUACUAAAGUUGAAAUCAAUUAA